UUGUCUUAACAUUAGCCGGAGUACGUUCGUGCGGUAUCGUUUACUGGAAAACGAAAUUGGACACAGUGAAAUAACUUUACUAUCCUAUUUGUCAUCAUAAUCAUCCUAAAAUCAAUCACAAUCGUUACAAAUAACAAUGUCAUAUACAUUAGUCAGAUUUUAAUAGUUUGUCCGGAAAAAGUGUGUGAUAAACUUUUCUUGCUUAUGCUUUUGUUAAAAGCUUUAUUAUAAUGCAUUAAUAACUUGGCUUCUGGUACAAAUUUUAUAAUUACUAAAAAGUUUUACUAAAUAAUAUCUACUAAACGUAAUGUGAAGUAAAAUCCAAAAAAAUUUUCUAAAUAUAAUAUAAAGUACAAGUUUUACAAGAAAGAUCAUUCACCUGUAUUAUAUGUCGUAUACAAAUAAUAUUUGUUUUUCUUACCACAUUUAAAUUAUUUAAAUACUUUUCUUUAUCUUUUAGGACAAUUGUCUUUCUCUACUAGCUACAAUGUAAUUACAAUUUUGUGGAAAAAGAAAGCAAAAUAUUACUUUAAAAAUAAUAUAUUACAACACGCGUUUACUUGACAAUAGCAAACGAUUAAUUAAUUUUAGUAAUAAAUUUAUUAAUUUCUCAUUAUCAAAUACUGUUGAAUAAUUUUUCGGCGACUGCAAUUUAUUCGAAGAAAUGCAAAGAUUACUAUAGAGCACGCAUUUAUCAGACGUUAUCAAGUAAUCGGCUGAUUCUAUUGAUUAUUGUUAUACAAUUUCACUGUAAAGUAACAUUUACAAAAUAUUUAAAAGCAAUGUUAUUAAAAUAUUUUUUAAACAUUAGAAUAUAUUACAUUAUUGGGUAAAGUUUUGAAAACAUUUAUACAAUUUUAUAUAACAACGUUGAUAGAAGUAUAAAAUCAAGUUUUUGCAACGUUUAUUUAAUAUUCCUUGCUUACCGAGAAUAGAAGAAUAUUUUUAUUUAAAUUUGCUUAUUCAAUACAAACCGGUUGAGAUAAAAACUGGUUAAGAAAUAAGUAAUUACACUGUGUACAACUCUUAUAGUGUGACUAAGAACAAUAUCCUUAAAUAAUAAUGCCGUAAAUAAUACUGUAUUAUAAUGACAUGAAGAAAAUGAUUAGCAAAGAAAAUUCAAAAACAUGUCCCAGGACUUACAUCCAAAAUUUAAAUUUUACCUUAUACAUUAACUACAAUAAUUAUUAUAUAAUUCAAGUAAUUUAAUGUUUACGUAAAACGCCAAAGGAGUAACAUUAACAAUAAAUAGCAAUCAAAUCUAAUGUCUAUUUGUAAAACAGCUUGUAGUACAGAAUUUUUUUAUGUUAUUGUAAUUUGAUAACAUCGACUUUUAAAACUUCAUACAUCAGCUAUAUGAUCGAUUUUGAUAACAAAAACUUCGGAAAGUCCCAUAUGUCUCUGCGCUUACAUACUUAUAUACGCUAUACUUAAUAUUUUCUUCUAAUAUCGAAAACUGCAUAAAAGGCAUGCAAUUAUUGCUUAUGAUCAACAUGAUCUUGCUCCACAACUUUGUUUUAACAAAGUAUAUUAACGUUAUCUCGAAUAAGCAUUAUUUUAAACUUCUUCAUUUUUAACAUAUUAGAUCAAACGAACUUUUUAUUCUUAGUACUUUUCAUUUAUCUUGUCUUCGUCCCAACGGCACCUAUAGAACGAAGAUUUAUAUCCUAAGAAUAAAAAGGUAUUUAGAAUUAUACAAUGCUGUUAAGAAUAUACAGGUUUCACACAUAACUCAGAGAUUAAUCACGCAUUCGUCUAUUCUAAUUAUUUUUAACAAUUAACAAGUGUUUCCUUGUCUUAUGCAUUCGUUGCUCUUCGGACAAAAUUGCUACGGUUUCAGUUGCGCUCCUUUCUAUAAUUAGCAAUAUCGCACUAGACGUUUCUUCACAGGUCAUAAAGAAAUUCAACCUAAUUUUGUGAAUUCGAUGCAUCAAUAGUUCAAUGAUGUAUAUACCAAGUAAGGUACUUUGGUGUUUCGUGCUUCUGUUUGUUGCUUCAUUCUCAGAGUCUCGGGAAAAUUCAACCAAUGGCGAUAAGCAAAGCGACAGUUCGACGGUGCAGUAUGAUCUUUUCAUAAGCUCUAUGAAAUAUCGAGACAACGAGAUCAAGUCUACACGGUGUGUUUCACGUGAAAAUUUUAUCAAGAAUGACACUGAAAUGGAAUAUAGGUUCUAUAUUAAUUCUGCAAAGAACGAGAAAAAGGAUGAUGUUUUGAAAAAAUAUGAGUCUCGCAGGCCUAUCAUAAAAGAUUGUAAAAAAAGUACUCAGAUUUCUAUGGAGUCUGCCGCAAAUUCUACAGACAUCAAUGAUUCCAUAAAAGAAAUUGAUAAUUCCUCUAGAAUCAAAAGAGAGAGCAAUUCCACAUCCCAUGAAAACGAAAAUUCCAAUAAAAACAAUAAAAUUCCAAAAAAUAUUGGCAUUAUUUCAUAUGAAAUGUGUCACAACAUUAUUUGCGUCCAGCUCUGUUGUCCUUACCGUAAUUUCAUGGAGAUAACGGGCAAAUGCGUUGCUAAUGAAAGUGGUAUUUACUAUUUUCCAAAGAUGAACAAAUACAAAGACGGUCCCGAUGACCCAAUAUUUUUCCUGACUAUCCACGAUCCAUGCCUUUCACAAGGAUUAGGAAAAAGUGUGCUUCCUUCCAAUAAAUACUUUUUUCUCACUGAUGGCUCUUUGUACCAAGGCCCUGGCAAAUUUAUUUUACCGACAUCAUACUGCUUAGCCAGUUUUAAUCAAAAGAUUUAUGAAGUUUUGGUCUGCAAUAAUCAGAGAAGGUAUCCAAUAUAUGUAUCCGCGUGUCUCCUAGUAUCUUUGCCGUUUCUGCUGGUGACGUUCGUGGUAUAUUCCAUAUUAUCAGAGCUCCAAAACAUGCAUGGCUAUACAUUGCGUGCACACAUAGCCUCAUUAUUUAUCGCAUAUGUAAUUACGUUUUGUGGUCAACAAGUUUCCGAAUUACAAUACGCUGAUGACGAAAUAAGUUGCAUUACGUUAGCCUAUAUUUUGAAUUUCUUUUUUUUAUCGACUUUUUUCUGGCUGAAUGUAACAUUCUUCGACAUUUGGUGGAAAUUCAGAGGACUCCGUUCUUAUCAAACAAGUAUAAAGCAAGAAAAAAAGAAGUUUGUAAUAUAUUCCAUUUAUGCAUGGGGAAUUCCGUUGAUUCUUAACAUUAUUUGUGCCAUUGCGGAUAAUGUUGUUGAGAUACCAAAAGAUUGGAAGCCACAAAUAUGUAAAGAAAGAAUAUUUUGGUUUGGUGGAAAUCUGGCAAAAACGAUAUAUUUGUAUGUACCCAUGAGUACUACUAUUAUUAGUAAUAUUUGUUUCCUUAUCGCUACAGCACUAUCAAUUAAGUAUCAAAAUGUACAUACAGCCAAACAGCUGAGACCACACUCGGAAAGCAAGUGUCACAAUAAAAAUAAGCAGAGGUUUAAAAUGUACCUGAAGCUGUUUAUAGUGAUGGGAAUAAGUUGGAUUAUAGAAAUACUAGCAUGGUUGAUCAAUUCUAUACCGUCAUACGUUUGGUAUAUCCCUAAUAUAUUAAAUAGCUUGCAAGGUCUCAUCAUUUUUAUCAUAUUUGUAUGUACGAACAAGAUAAAGCAACAACUGCUAAAACGAUACGGCGGACAGAAUUGCGGUCUGUUUGGUAAAAUUUCAAUGUACAAUGAUAGAAUGUCGUCAAAUAUUACUACCACAUCGACAUUGGGUACGGAACCUAUGCAAGAAAUGGAUUCCACUAAUCAACAGCAAGUCUCACAGCGUCUUAAUCUUGCUCAUAGUACUGAAACGUAAAGGAAAAAUUUAAUAGUGAACGAAUUAGUUACAUUAUGUUGUACGUCGUUCUUUUUACAGAAACAACAAUGAUACUAUAUAUGUAAUUAGAAUGUUUUGUAAAAUGGAAUUUAUAUGUAUAAUUAUUAUAAAUUGUCAUAUUAAUAAAUUUAAACUACUAUUACGAA